UGGACACUGGUGGGUGGCACUGGUGGGCACAGGUGGGUGGCACUACUGGGCACAGGUAGGUGGCACUUCUGGGCACAGGUGGUGACACUGCUGGGUGGCACAGGUGGGCGCACUGCUGGGUGGCACAGGUGGGCGCACUGCUGGGCACAGGUGGGCGCACUGCUGGGCACAGGUGGGCGGAACUUGUGUGUGGCACUGCUGCGCACCGAUCAUCAGGGCACUGAUGAUCAGUGACCCUGAUGAUCGAUGCCGAUCCCCACUCUGACAACUGCCAGUUUUCGGCAGUACUUUCCCCACGAUCUGACAGCGUGAGGAAAGUGCAGCCGAGAACCGGCAUUUGCAU